AUGACCGGUGACAAUUAUAAAGAUGCAUGGGAUAGGCUUAGUGAGAGGUACGAUAACAAAAGGCUUACCGUUCAGAACCACAUCAGGGCUAUCUUUGAUCUACCUAUCGUGAAAAGGGAAGACAGUGUCGUUAUCCGACAAAUAUUAGACGGAGUGUUAAAGCACACGAGAGCUUUACGCUCAUUGGACAGACCCAUCGAUCAUUGGGGCGACUUGUUAGUUCACAUCGUCACGAGCAAACUAGAUAUGAAGUCAAUAAAAGAGUGGGAGAACUCGAUCGAGUCCACGCGAGUUCCUACGUUCGAGGAGUUAAUAGAAUUUCUAAAAAAACGGUGCCAGACGUUAGAGGCGGUUUCGAAGGUAGGAAAGUCGAAUAGGGCCAAUGUUAACUCGUUACAGGAUAAUGUGCAAUGGUCCAAAGGCUGUAACGUAGCCGCUACCAAAUUUAAAUGCUCAUAUUGCCAAGGAGAUCAUAGCGUUUACUCUUGCAAAGAUUUUAAGGGUCUAUCGGUAGACGAGCGCGUAAAAUAUAUAAAAUCAAAGGGCUGGUGUUUGAAUUGCUUGAAGGGCAAGCAUAUGGCUAGGGAUUAUUCGUUAAACGGAUGCAAAACAUGCAGCAAGCGGCAUAAUUCCUUACUGCAUCCAGAGAGUCCCAAGGGUGAAUCGAGCAGCGAAUCGAGCCUCGGAAAGGCUAAAGUCGUUGCGGAAAAAGAACAAGGGAACAGUGCGGCGUGUGGACAUGCCUGUUCCACGGAAUCAUACCGGUCGAGUCAAAUGUUGUUGUCUACGGUUUUGAUUAAAGUAAAGCAUAGCGAUGGUCAUUUUAUCCAAAUCAAAGCUCUUCUUGAUAGCGGGGCGGAAUCUAGUUUCAUAACGGAAUCUCUAGCGCAGCGUCUAAAACUUAGGCGUAAGGCUGCGCAUAUAGAAAUCACAGGUAUUAAUCAGCAGGUGUCCAGGGCGUUGGAAAAGACCGAGGUAGACGUUAAGUCUAGGUUCGGAUCUCACGAAUUUAAGGUGCAAUGUAUAAUUCUAUCCAACCUAACGAGAAGGGUUCCUCACGUAAAGUUAGAUAAGCAACAAUUUAAUAUUCCAUGUAAUAUUAGGUUGGCAGAUCCGCGAUUCAACGUUCCUUCGGAAAUCGAUUUAGUGAUAGGAACCGAAUGGUUCUGGGAGUUGAUGUGCGUAGGGCAGAUCAAUUUAGGUCCUGGCAGACCGAUAUUGCAAAAAACCGUGUUAGGUUGGUUGAUAGUCGGAACGGUGACGACGGGAAAUUUAGGACGCAAGCAAUACGCUGCCUGCAACCUGAGUAGCGUCCGAGAACUGGAUGAGGCACUACGGCAAUUUUGGAAAAUUGACGACAUUCCUGUGAGAGGGGAGUCUACCAUUGAUGAGUUGGCCUGCGAGGAAUUCUUCGAGAAUACGUACAAACGGAACGCAAAGGGAAGAUUCGUAGUCAAGCUGCCUGUAAAGGAGGACGUUAUGAAGCAAAUGGGCGAGUCGAAAGAUAUUGCUCGACGACGUUUUUUAUCAUUAGAAAAGAGGCUAGAUAAGGAUCAUGAUCUGAAGAAAGAAUACGUUCAGUUCAUGCAGGACUAUGAGAGACUAGGCCAUAUGAAACAGAUAGAUGAGCCACAAAACGUUAAAUUCAGGAUUUUCUUACCGCACCAAGCUGUAGUGAGAAAGGAUAGGACAUCCACGAAGACCCGAGUCGUAUUCGACGCCUCGAGUAAAGACAGCAAAGGAGUAUCCCUUAAUGACGCGUUGCGCAAGGGUCCGACACUUCAGUCUGAUUUGUUCACGAUAAUUCUCAGGUUUCGCUGUCAUAGGUACAUCUUGACCGCAGAUGUUGUUAAAAUGUACAGGCAGAUACUGGUGCACGAAGAGCAUACGCCUCUUCAGACGAUCUACUGGAGGGAGAAUUCCACCGAAACCAUGAGGCUGUACGAGUUGGUCACGUUGACCUACGGUACAAAACCUGCGUCUUAUAUCGCAGUCAAAUGCUUGCAGAAGUUGGCGAAGGAAGAAGAGGAUAGAUUUCCUUUGGCAGCAAAGGCGAUAAAAGAAGAUCUUUAUAUGGACGAUCUGUUGACGGGUGCAAGUACGGUGGAACAAUUAGUGGCCCUAAAGUGCCAAUUGGAAGCGCUAGUAGAGCAAGGUGGAUUCGAGCUGCACAAAUGGAAUAGCAACGUUGAAGAUUUAGGAAACAAGGACACGCUGGAUCUUGGGGAAAUUGUCGAGUCAGAACCUCACCGAGGGGCAAAGUUACUGGGUAUAGCAGGCCUGGGCAACUUUCACUGCCCGCGGGCGCCCGUUUGCCCGCGGGCAAUAGCUGUGCGUGUCGGGCAAGAGUGGGAAGACAGUUUCGGCAAGAGUGGGGAGACAGUUUCGGCAAGUGGGAAAGAACGUCGCGCUUUAGAAGUAUAG